AUGAUAGAUCAGAGUAAUCGUGCCGGUCGAGCGCCAGCCGUCAGCGUCUUCAAAAAUCGAAGGCGGAAUAGGAGCGACCAAAGCCCUGGGCCGAGUCCAGAUCUUGGAGCCGGCUACUCACCAGAUGCGGCGGCUGCCGUCACGAUGCCGAUGGCCUAUCCAGGAGCGGACAUCUACAACAUGCAACGAACUAUGUUCCCGGCCGCCCACUACAGCGCUUUCCCAAAUCCGGCAAUGGCAAAUCCGUUUAUGCCUCAAAUGGGAAUGAUGGGUUUUCCGCCAGCCGGCACCGCACCUUGGAUGGAUCCAAGCCUUUUGUCGUCCACACACGGAAUGGAAGGCUGA